AUGGUGCUGAAAGGUGAGAGGAAAUAUGCAAUGUAUUACGUCUACAAACACUUAGUCGAAACUGAUAUUAAGAAAGGAAAUUAAAAAGCUGUAAUUGAAUACUAUUUUAAAGAUAUUUAUACGACAAUACCGAACACGGGCGGGUAAUCGUUGUAAUUGUUGUUUUAUAAUUAUCAUAAUUAUUUUUGAAAAUGUUCUAGAAUAUGUACUUUUUCGAAGUGAUUUUUUUUUGUCUUAUCUUGAGUGGAUAUUUUCUCCCUGAUCGAUCAAUAUACCAUGUAAUGACAGCGACGCAAAACAAUGACACAACAAUUGGACGAUGGAAGACUGAACCCAAGCAAGACACCCUGUUCUUGGCGCGAAAUUGUCGCGGCUGCAAACUCUCUCCGCCCGCGCAAACAAACAAACUACGCAGAUCUGAAGAAAACAAAAGCUGCUUUUUUGUACGAAGCAGUCCAGCUUUUGUUAACAAAUAUUUUCAAUUUUGUCUUUGAUAGAGUUUAGACCACAAACUUGUUCAAAAGGUACGUGUCAUUCUUUUCUCUGUGUUCGUGCAAUAGUUGUUCUUCAAACUUCAUAGUUGUUUUACUGUGUUCAGCUUACGGAAACCAACUCCGAACAGGCGUGUAUGUCGUGCUUAGGAGCUGUUGGGAGCUUUUCUGAUUGUUAAAUCUGGUUCAGUAAGCUAUAAAAAUUUUUCUAUAUCACAGUAGAGUUUACAUUAGCUCAAGCUCUUUUUUCUUAAUAGGGUUAGUCCAUUUCUGCAAAGGUAAUAGUUGGCUUAUAUUUCACAAUGCAAUUCAAGUCAAAACUCCAUGCGAGAACCUACUAACAUCAAGAUUAACCAACUCUGGGUUUUCUAACAGUUAUACUUAACUACGAAAACUACUUCAGGGUAAUGAAAUAAUAUAAGACUUACAUAUAUUUUUUUUCAUGGACAGUGUACUCCAAUAAAAAUGUGUGUACCAGACUUUGAUGGGCAUAGUACUGAAGCAAGUAUAUGAUGAGCUUAUUUGAACUGGAUUCAGUGCAGUUUAUCAAACAAAGAAGUGUGAUUAUUUGAAGACUUCGGAUGUUUUACAGACGUGAGUAUCUCUUUCUAUUGAUUUUUCUGGGUUGUAUACGUAAUGGGGCUGAGGCUGCAUAAUUUUUAAAAUGUUCCAUUGAUUUUUCUGCCACAACAGCUAGGUAUGUUUCAACAUUUAAUAACAAUCAUUCAAACAUACCGACCUGUCCCUUCUUUAUUGUGACUGGACAAUAACUUUAAAAAUAGCCUGCGUAGCAAGCUUUCCCGCGCGAGGUUUGUGCAAGAGACUAAGUUUAUAGAGGGCAAAAAGAGGAAGGAGGGGCCGGGAGGGGCUAACUCGCGCAAUAACUCUAUUGGAAACGCUUGUUAUGCAGGCUAGGUAUAAUAUAAAGUGUUUCUUUAGUUUAACUUUAAGCUUUGGGCAUAGAGGGAAACUUUUAUUGAAUUUUCCUGGACCUUAUUAAGUGAUAAUAAGGCUCGAUUCAAACGUCAAAUUUCACAAAUGACGAACUUAAUGACAAUCCACGUACACGAAAUGUAAGGUUCCCAUUCAAAAGCAUUAGGUUCGCUACACAUUUUUAACUGGGUCUUUAAGUUUUGAUAAAGGUAAAGAGAAAGGGGGAUUUUCUGCAGAAAAGGAGCGAUAGUAAAAAGGGAGUGGGGCCGAAAAAUUUAUUUAAAACACUAUGACUGAAUUUUUUAUCUCAAAUUGCUAUAUCCUUUUACAAUUAUUUCACAGAUAAAAGAAACAAGCAAAGUGAUAAGUCUCCAGUGGAACGAAACACACAACAGAGGAAGAUUGAAGUUAGAUACAUGGCGUUUGUCUUUCACUUACAUCAAGAAUCAAAAGCACUCUAGAAUGAAAAUGUUCGCAAAGAUAACAUCAAGACAGAUGGGCUCCUGAUCAAGAACAUUUCUUACUUACGAUGAUUUUUGCACUGGCUUGCGUGAAAGAAUUGUUUUAAACUAUUUUGCAGGUUGCCGUCCGUGUCAACAGCUUUUAUCUAAAACAUUUAUAG